AUUAGAUGAAAAAAACCUCUCACAGAAAAUUCCAUCCAACAGAAAAAACCCCUAAUCAUGGCAAAAGAUCUUAGAGUUGUGAUGCUUCCAUGGUCUUCCUUUGGCCACAUUAUCCCGUAUUUCCAACUUUCCGUAGCCUUGGCAAAAGCUAAAGUUCAUGUCUCCCUCAUAUCCACGCCAAAAAACAUCCAAAAGCUCCCAAAAUUCUCAACGGAUUUACGAUCCUUUAUACAUUUAGUCCCCAUUCCAUUUCCUCCAUUGGAUCCCGGCUUCUUGCCUGAAGGAGCUGAGGCCACAGUGGAUGUACCCUUUGAAAAAACAGACAACUUGAAGAUUGCAUAUGAUCUGCUGCAGGAACCCAUUAAGCAGUUCAUUGGGGAGCAGCUGCCUGAUUGGAUUAUAUCUGACUAUGCAGCUCAUUGGGUGGUCGACAUCGCCAAAGAGUAUGGUAUUCCAGUUGGCUAUUUUUCUCCUUUCUGUAUGGCUGGCAGUGCCUUCUUUGGCGGACCAGAAAAUCUCUUGGGUGCAAACAGAAACCAUGCUCUCCCAACACCGGAAAGCUUAACAUCGCCACCGGAUUGGGUUGCGUUUGCUUCAACGGUGGCGUUUCGAGAGUUUGAAGCGUUUUAUGUGCCUCGAGGCUUUUUUGGAGCGAAUGGAAGUGGGAUAAGUGAUUCUGCAAGACUUGCCAAGAUUGUUUCCGGAAGUCAAGUUUUAGCCAUUCGUUCUUGCGACGAGGUUGAAGGAGAAUACUUGGAGGUUUACAAGAAACUUACUGGAAAGCCAGUGAUGUCCACAGGUCUGCUUCCUCCUGAGAAACCAACAAGAAGGGCAAAAGGGGAAAUUUCCACUGAUGAUGGGAUCUUUAAAUGGCUUGAUAAGCACGAAACCAGGUCAGUAGUGUUUGUAGGGUUUGGGAGUGAGUGUAAGUUGAGUAAAGAGCAAGUCUUUGAGAUAGCCUAUGGGCUGGAGCUAUCAGAACUCCCCUUUCUUUGGGCACUCAGAAAACCCAGUUGGGCAAAUAAUGAUGUUGAUGCCCUGCCUGUAGGGUUUGUUGACCGUACAUCAGAGAAAUGGCUUGUUUGCUUGGGGUGGGUGCCCCAAAUGGAAAUCUUGGCACACCCAUCAAUUGGGGGUUCUUUGUUUCACUCUGGAUGGGGAUCUAUAAUUGAGACUCUUCAAUUUGGGCAUGUUCUUGUUGCUCUACCAAUGGUCUUUGAUCAGCCACUGAAUGCAAGGCUUUUGGAGGACAGGGGUCUGGCUGUCGAAGUGAAACGCAGCCGAGAUGGGUCAUUUAGUAGAGAUGAGAUAUCCAAAAAACUGAGGCAUGCAAUGGUGGAAGAGGAAGGAGAGAAGCUGAGAUCCAAUGCAAGGAAAGCUGCAGCUGUUUUUGGUGAUCACAAGCUGCACCAAGACCACUACAUUGGCCAAUUUGUCAACUUUCUCAAGAAUAAUUGUACAAAGAGAACGUCUUAAAUCUCCAUUUUAUGGGAGGUGGCUAAUAAUCUCCAAUGGUUUCUAAAAUUCGUGAAGAAAGUGCAGUUUUUAUGUGUUUUUAAUGUAGUCCUUAUGUCCUAGCUAAAGUGGUGAUAAAAAGGUGUGCCGUCCAAUAACGUUGUGCACUUUGGUUUAUUUAUUUAAAGUUUAAAUU